GUUGGAGCCUUCUGGAAAGCGUCUCUCCUUUCGAGCCCGACCAGUGCUCACUCCCAGCCGGCGGUACUUUUUACUUUUACUUCGCUGGUUGUGCUGCCUCGCCAUGGCUGCGGUUAAAGCUCUGAACCCGAAAGCAGAGGUGGCCCGGGCCCAGGCUGCUCUGGCGGUCAACAUCAGUGCCGCCCGGGGUCUCCAGGACGUGCUGAAAAGUAACCUGGGACCGAAGGGGACCAUGAAAAUGCUGGUGUCUGGAGCAGGAGACAUAAAGCUGACCAAAGAUGGCAACGUCUUGUUACACGAGAUGCAAAUUCAGCACCCGACAGCCUCACUCAUCGCUAAGGUUGCCACGGCGCAGGAUGACAUCACGGGAGAUGGAACCACCUCUAACGUCCUCAUCAUCGGCGAGCUCCUGAAGCAGGCUGACCUCUACGUGUCGGAGGGUCUUCAUCCAAGAAUCAUUGCUGAGGGCUUCGAAGCGGCGAAAGAGAAAGCCUUGUCAACUCUGGAGGAGUUGAAGGUGACCCGGGAAAUGGACAGAGAGACCCUCAUCAAUGUAGCGCGUACCUCCCUCAGGACCAAGGUCCACAAAGAGCUGGCAGACCUGCUCACUGAGGCUGUAGUAGACGCUGUGCUGGCCAUCGCUAAACCUAACGAGCCCAUCGACCUGUACAUGGUGGAAAUCAUGGAGAUGAAGCACAAAACUGACUGCGAUACACAACUGAUCAGAGGGUUGGUGUUGGACCACGGUGCCCGACACCCAGACAUGAAGAAGAGGGUGGAGGAUGCCUACGUGCUGACUUGUAACGUCUCUCUGGAGUACGAAAAGACAGAGGUCAACUCCGGCUUCUUCUACAAGAGCGCCGAGGAGAGGGAGAAGCUCGUGGCUGCAGAGAGGAAGUUCAUCGAGGAUCGCGUGCAGAAGAUCAUCGCCCUGAAAGAACAAGUCUGUCCCAAUGGGGAGAAGGGAUUUGUCGUUAUCAACCAGAAGGGUAUCGACCCAUUCUCCCUGGAUGCGCUCGCCAAGGCAGGCAUUGUAGCCCUGCGCAGAGCAAAGAGGAGGAACAUGGAGAGGCUCACUCUCGCUUGCGGUGGCAUUGCCAUGAAUUCAAUCGAUGACCUCACACCUGAAUGCUUGGGAAAUGCUGGUCUGGUUUAUGAGCACACACUGGGAGAGGAGAAGUUCACGUUCAUCGAGAAGUGUGGAAACCCUCGCUCAGUGACGCUGCUGGUGAAGGGACCCAACAAACACACCCUCACACAGAUCAAAGAUGCUGUCAGGGAUGGUUUGAGGGCAGUCAAGAACGCCAUAGAAGAUGGUAGUGUCGUGCCGGGUGCAGGUGCGUUAGAGGUGGCUGUGGCGGAUGCUCUGGUAAAACACAAGCCCAACGUGAAAGGCAGAGCCCAGCUGGGAGUCCAGGCAUUUGCGGAUGCUCUCCUCGUCAUCCCCAAGGUUUUGGCCCAGAACUCUGGCUACGACCCACAGGAGACCCUGCUGAAGCUGCAGAUGGAGUACAAAGAGUCUGGUCAGCUGGUCGGAGUCGACCUCAGCACAGGGGAGCCCAUGGUGGCAGGAGAGGCCGGUGUGUGGGAUAAUUACAGCGUUAAGAAACAGCUUCUCCAUUCAUGCACGGUGAUCGCCAGCAACAUCUUGUUGGUGGAUGAGAUCAUGCGAGCUGGAAUGUCUUCUCUCAAAGGUUAAAGGUCAACAGAAGAAGCUGCAGCUGUUCUCGCACUCACAGGGAUGGUUGUUUACCGAUCGGUUCAGUCAACGUGCUCCCGGAUCUCUGAAGCACCCCAAGUCUGAUGGACGCCACCAUGGCAUCCAUCACAGCGUCUGUCAGAAAUCAUCGUUACGCUAGUCGUGGGUUUGUUUGUUUUUUUUUUUUUCAUGGAUUUGUCAACGCCCCCCCUCUGAUUGGUUUAUUUAUGAGAUUUUGUUAAAAGCACUGAACUCUGCCACACAGUUUGUUUCCACCCAUUAAAAGGUUUUCUUGGCUCAUGGAAA